GAUAUCACCUUUAUGAAUAAGCUCAACCAAUCCUCCCUAAGAUACCAGAAUGUCCAAAUUUGAAUUUUCGCGCUUUAGGCUUUACCAAACCAUUAUGCGAGGCACAAUUUUAAAGAUCCUCUCCCAAAACCCGAAUUCCUAUACUUUACAUUCACAGCCAAACACGGCACAUUCUCCCUUCAAUUUCUCGUCUUCUGCCGCCCAAUUUCUCUUCAACUAACUUAACUGCCUCUUACCUUGUCCCACAUGAAAAAUGCCCUCAAAACUCUAUUGUCUAUAAAUCCAUCAACCCAUUUCAAAGCUUAUAAAGAAACCUGUGUUUCUCUCUUGAAAAAUCUCACUAACCAAUGUUCAAUCAGAGAAGGAACUGCCUUUCAUGGCCAUUUAAUUAAAAUGGGUAUUUCGUCAGAGCGAUAUAUAGCAAUUAAGCUCUUGAUAAUGUAUCUAAAUUCUCGGAAAUCAGCUGAAGCAAGUGAGAUUUCAAAGGAAUUUAAUGGUUUUGAUCUCGUUGUGCAUAACUGUAUGAUAACUGCUAAUGUACAAUGGGGAAACAUCGAUGGAGCGCGUAAACUGUUCGAUGAAAUGCCUGAAAAAAAUGAAGUUUCUUGGACAGCGUUAAUUUCAGGUUUUAUGAAAUAUGGAAGAGUGAAAGAAUCAAUUUGGUACUUUGAAAGAAAUCCCUUUCAGAAUGUGAUAUCUUGGACUGCAGCAAUUAAUGGAUAUGCAAACAAUGGGCUUAGUGUUGAAGCUGUAAGGCUGUUCUUGAAGCUUCUUGAAUCUGGGGUUAAGGCAAAUAACGUUACAUUUACUUCUGUUGUAGGAGCUUGUGCAGAUUUGGGUGAUUUCGGAUUGGGAAUGAGUGUUUUAGGAUUGAUAGUUAAAACUGGAUUUGAAAAUAACUUAGCUGUUUCUAAUUCUUUGAUUACGUUAUGCUUGAGAAUAGGUGAACUAAAUUUGGCUAGAAGAAUAUUUGAUGAUAUGAAAACGAGAGAUGUUGUUUCUUGGACAGCAAUACUAGAUAUGUAUGUAGAAAUGGGUGAUUUGGGAGAAGCGAGAAGAAUCUUUGAUCAAAUUCCGGAAAGAAAUGAGGUUUCUUGGAGUGCAAUGAUUGCGAGGUAUAGUCAAAGUGGUUGUCCUGAAGAGUCGCUAAAACUCUUUCAAAGGAUGGUUCAAGAAGGAUUUAAGCCAAAUAUUUCUUGUUUUUCUAGUAUUUUAAGUGCAUUGGUUAGCGUUGAAGCUUUGCGAGCAGGAAUGGACAUCCAUGGUCACGUUAUAAAAAUUGGGAUUGAAAAUAAUGUUUUUGUCAGUAGCUCUUUGAUUGAUUUUUAUUGUAAAUGUGGAGAAACUAAUAAUGGACGCUUAGUAUUUGAUUUGAUUUCGGAGAAGAAUGUGGUUUCAUGGAAUGCUAUGAUUGGAGGGUACAGUUUGAAUGGGCAAAUCAAAGAAGCAAAUGAUUUGUUCCAUAUCAUGCCACUGCGUAAUAAUGUCUCCUGGAGUUCUAUAAUUUCUGGCUAUUUAAAUUGUGAACAAUUCGAUAAAGUAUUUGAAGUCUUCAGUGAAAUGCUUUUGUUAGGAGUAAUUCCAAAUAAAUCAACCUUCUGUAGCUUGCUCUGUGCUUGUGCGAGUUCAUCAUCUUUAGACAAGGGUAAGAACCUACAUGGAAAGAUAAUUAAAUUAGGGAUUCAACGUGAUGUUUUUGUAGGCACUGCUCUGACUGAUAUGUAUGCAAAAUCUGGAGAUAUUGUGAGCUGUAGGCAAGUUUUCAAUAGAAUGCCAGAGAAGAAUGAAGUUUCUCUGACUGUGAUGAUUCAAGGGCUUGCAGAAAGUGGUUUUGCAGAGGAAUCGCUUAAGUUGUUCGAGGAAAUGGAAAAAACUUCACGAAUUGUUCCUAAUGAGCUUAUGCUUUUAUCAGUUCUGUUUGCUUGUUCUCACUCUGGAUUAGUUGAUAAAGGACUCCGGUAUUUUAAUUCAAUGGAGGUUGUUUAUGGACUAAAGCCUAAGGGAAGGCAUUAUACCUGCAUUGUUGAUAUGCUAUCUCGAGCAGGACGACUCGAUGAAGCCGAGGAGUUUAUUAACGCCAUGCCAUUUCAGCCUGAAACUAAUGCAUGGGCAGCUUUGUUAAGUGGUUGUAAGACUUAUAAAAAUGAGGAUUUAGCCGAGAGAACGGCUAGGAGGCUUUGGCAAAUAGCAGAGAAAAACUCUGCACUUUAUGUAUUGCUGUCAAAUAUCUAUGCUUCUUCUGGAAGAUGGGAAGAUGUUUUGAAAGUCAGGAAAUUAAUGAAGGAAAAGGGAUUGAAGAAGAGUGGCGGUUGUAGUUGGGUUGAGGUUAGAGAUAAAGUCCAUUCUUUUUAUUCAGAAGAUGGAGCUCACUCUCAGUCAGUUGAGAUUUAUGCGAUUUUAGAGCUUUUGAGAUUUGAAAUGCUCAAUCAAUAUAAUAUAUAGUACACCUCUAAAGUUUUCUACUCUCCACUCAAAAGAGUAGAGCUUUAGAGUAAUUUUGUCUACACUUGUACUUAAUGGAGAACCACUCAUAUAUAUGAAAUCCUUUUGUCAUGAUUUAAUCAAAUCUUGUCUUGAAUUAGAACUA